AUGGUUAGAUUAGGCCCAAAAGCUCCCCAACACAGAAAGGGUACCUUCACUGAUGUCCCUCAAGGUUUGUUGGAGGAGAUCUCCCACUUGGAACAGAUCCUUACUGUCCCUGCUUCUAAGUUGCAAGAGAUCACCAAGCACUUCAUCACUGAAUUGGACAAGGGUUUGUCCAAGAAGGGUGGAAACAUUCCUAUGAUUCCAGGUUGGGUCCUUGACUUCCCAACCGGUUCUGAGACUGGUGACUACUUGGCUAUCGACUUGGGUGGAACCAACUUGAGAGUUGUUUUGGUCAAGUUGCUCGGUAACUCCAAGUUCGACACCACUCAAUCCAAGUAUGCAUUGCCAAAGCACAUGAGAACUGCCACUGCUGAUGAGUUGUGGGGUUUCAUUGCCGAGUGUUUGCAAAAGUUCGUGCAUGAGUUCUUCCCAGAGGGUGUCUCUGCUCCAUUGCCUCUUGGUUUCACUUUCUCCUACCCUGCUUCUCAAGACAACAUCACCCAAGGUAUCUUGCAAAGAUGGACCAAGGGUUUCGACAUUGAUGGUGUCGAGGGUAAGGACGUUGUUCCAAUGUUGCAAACUGCCAUUGAGAAGCUCAAUGUUCCAGUAAAGGUUGUCGCUUUAAUCAACGACACUACCGGUACUCUUGUUGCUUCCAUGUAUGCUGAUGUCGAGACCAAGAUGGGUCUUAUUUUCGGUACUGGUGUCAACGGUGCUUACUACGACACCUGUGGUGACAUUCCUAAGUUGGAGGGCAGAUUGUGCGACGAUGUCAGCAACGACACCCCAAUGGCCAUCAACUGUGAGUACGGUUCCUUCGACAACGAGCACCUCGUUUUGCCAAGAACCAAGUACGACCUUCAAAUCGAUGCUGAGUCCCCAAGACCAGGCCAACAAUCUUUCGAGAAGAUGAUCUCUGGUUACUACUUGGGUGAGGUUUUGCGUUUGAUCUUGCUUGAGUUGGCUGACGAGAAGAAGUUGAUCUUCGCUGGUCAGGAUUUGAAGAAGAUGCACGAGCCUUUCGUGAUGGACACCUCCUUCCCUGCCAAGAUCGAGGAGGACCCAUUCGAGAACUUGUCUGAUGUCCAAGACUUGUUCGACGAGAAGUUGGGUAUUCAGACCACCGUCCCAGAGAGAAAGGUCAUCAGAAGAUUGGCCGAGUUGAUCGGUGAGAGAUCUUCCAGAUUGAGUGUCUGUGGUAUUGCUGCUAUUUGCCAAAAGAGAGGUUACAAGACUGCCCACUGUGCCGCUGACGGUUCGGUUUACCAAAAGUACCCUGGUUUCAAGGAGAGAGCUGCUCAAGGUUUGAGAGACAUUUUCGGCUGGGCCGACAACGAGGAGGACCCAAUUGUCAUCGUUCCUGCUGAGGACGGUUCCGGUGUCGGUGCUGCUGUUAUCGCUGCCUUGACUGAGAAGAGAUUGGACCAAGGUAAGAGUGUUGGUGUUAAGAUUUAA